AUGUGUAGUCCGUAGGAGUUCGACAUGAGCACAGCGGGCACGAGGAUGGUGACCCGCAGCUGGAGCCGGGGUCCUGGGGUCGGACCGAGGGGGAGUGGGAAGGAGGCCGCGCCGCUCCCAAGGGGAAAGUCGGCUUCAGAAGGAAGGAAAAGCAACCACCCUGUGAAGCGUCACCGGAAGACACAAAGCCUGAAAGUGGCCUAUGAAGCCUCGGAUGGUGAGAAAGGAGAGGGGAUCAAGGUGCCAAGCUGGGAGCCUCAGGACUGGCAGCAGCAUCUGGCAAACAUCCGCACCAUGAGGAGUGAGAAGGACGCACCUGUGGACCAGCUGGGGGCUGAGCACUGCUAUGACCGCAGUGUGCCCCCAAAGACGAAAAGCAGGCCCAGACCAGAUCCUACCACACACAUCCCCCCAUUGGCCAAGGUGCAGAGGUACCAGGUGCUGCUGUCACUGAUGCUCUCCAGCCAGACCAAAGACCAGGUGACAGCGGGUGCCAUGCAGCGGCUGCGGGCCCGGGGCCUGACGGUGGAUAAUAUCCUGCAGACAGAUGACAGCACACUGGGCGCACUCAUCUACCCCGUGGGCUUCUGGAGGAGCAAGGUGAAGUACAUCAAGCAGACCAGUGCCAUCCUGCAGCAGAACUAUGGUGGGGACAUCCCAGCUUCUGUGGCAGAGCUGAUGGCACUGCCAGGCGUUGGGCCCAAAAUGGCGCACUUGGCCAUGGCUGUGGCCUGGGGUACUGUGUCAGGCAUUGCAGUGGACACACAUGUGCACAGAAUUGCCAACCGACUCAGGUGGACCAAGAAGGUGACCAAGUCCCCGGAGGAGACCCGUGCAGCCCUGGAGGACUGGCUGCCCAGGGACCUGUGGAGUGAGAUUAAUGGACUCUUGGUGGGCUUCGGCCAGCAGAUCUGUCUGCCUGUCCGCCCUCGAUGCCAGACCUGCCUCAACCAGGCCCUGUGCCCAGCUGCAGAGGGACUCUGAAGACCCUGUGCCCAGCUGCACAGGGACCCUGAAGGCCCUGUGCCCAGCUGCAUGGGAUGCUGAAGGCUCUGUGCCCAGCUGCACGGGACUCUGAAGGCCAUGUCUUCUGCGACUUUGUUGGGGAGCUGCAGCCUGUUCAUAAUAAAGUUUGGGGUUUUGCAACA